GACAAUGAAUAAAUUGAUUGUUACAGAAUAGAUUUCCAAAUUGCAAUGAUCACAUGGUGAAGGUGGCUGAAAAUAAUAAUAAUAAUAAUAAUAAUAAUAAUAAUUAUUAUUAUUAUUAUUAUUAUUAUUAUUGUUGUUGUUGUUGUUAUUGUUGUUGUUGUUGUUAUUGUUAUUAAAAUACAAUAUACAGCAUUCUGAGAAAACACCGCUUAUCUGUGGGAAUGUGGCAAUAUCAAUCCAGUGUAAUAACUAGGAGUUGGUGAAGAGACUUAUCUGAAUUAGGAGAGAGGUGAAGGAAGCAAUGUAAAGCUAGUGAUCUUUGAGAGUAUCGUAUGGUUUAUUUCAAUGCUUCCAGGAAAAAAUUAUAAGGCAAGUCUGUGAACAAUUUUAUUUUAAUUAAAAAAAUCAGGAAAUGAAAGAUGAAAUUCUGACCUAUUUUCUUAUUCCUCUUUUGAUCUGAAACCGAAAUGUCUUCAGCAAAAACAAUAGAAUUGACCUUGCCGUUCCAAUACUUUUUGAAGGGGAAUGUACGUGUCAAAAGAUGUAUAUGAUAUGAUAGAUCAGAAUUUCAACUUUCAUUUCCUGAUAUUUACAUCUGGAUGUGUUAAACAACUUAGAACAUGACACCUUUUUUUUAACCCACCCAUUUUUCAAGUGAUCAAAACUAUUGGAACAUGUGACUGACAAGUGUUUCUUGUUGCCCAGGUGUGCCCUGAUAGAUUGAUUGUUUAAACAAUUAAUAGCUCUGAAUAGAAUGAAUGAAUAGCUCUUGGUUUGUGCCCUGGGUUUUGCCUGUGAAGACUGCACAAAAAAAAAAAAAAAAGAUAAAUCAACUUGAAGACCAGAGAUCUGUCUGUGCGAGAAAAGCAAGCCAUUUUGAACCUGAGAAAAGAGGGGAAAUUGAUCAGAUCCAUUGCACAAGCAUUGGGCAUAGCUAGUACAAGAAUUUGGAAUGUCCUGGAAAAACAAAUAAACCACUGGGGUAAUAACAAGCAGACACUGAACAGGUUGGCCAAGGAAAACAACAGCAGUUGAUGACAGAAACAUUGUGAGAGAAGUAUAAAGGUCAUACCACAAGAUACCAACCACUCAUCAGCAGUAAGAUUUGGAAGGCCAGAUUGGAAUUUGCAAAGAAAUACAGAGAUGAGGUACAAAAGUUCUGGAACCAAGAUUAACCUCUCCCAAAGUGAUGGAAAGACCAAGGUGUAGAGAAAGAAAUUAUCUGCUCAUGAUUUGGAAUGGGCAGCUUGUGCUCUUGGGAAAUAUCGGAAGUAAGGUUGCAGUGGAUCAUAAUGAAACCUCACAGAAACACUAUAGCAACCACCUGGGACCCCAUGACAACCACCUAUCAACAUCCUAGCAACCAACUUGAAUAGGCUAGCAAUGUACUUAUAUGUUAACACUUUAACAUAGACAUUAGCCUUUUAAAAUUUAUAUGCUUAACUGUUCAUAACAACAAAGUAGCAACACCCUAGCAACCAACACCAUAUCAGCAUUUUAGCAUAAAAACUAUUACCUUUAAAUAUGUUCCAAAGUUUUUAACAUUUCACCCUUUACAUAUUAUAAACUUUUACACGCAUGUUAUCCCCCCCACAAAUAAGUGGAAUCACAGAACUAUCAUAACAUAGACAUGUGACAUAUCAAAACACUUGGCUGACUGAAGAGAAUUGAGCUAUGGGUAUUUUAGUGACGUCACAUGUACGUUAUCCCCAAAAUAAGUGGAAUCAGAAAACUACCACAACAUAGACAGGUGACAUAUCAACACACUUGGCUGACUGAGGAGAAUUGCGUUAUGUGUAUUUUAAUGAUGUCAUAUGUACAGUUGAGGUCAAAAGUUUACAUCCCCCUUUCAGAAUCUGCAAAAUGUUAAUUAUUUUACCAAAAUAAGAGGGAUCAUACAAAAUGCAUGUUAUUGUUUAUUUAGUGCUUACCUGAAUAAGAUAUUUCACAUAAAAGAUGUUUACAUAUAGUCCACAAGAGAAAAUAAUAGCUGAAUUUAUAAAAAUGACCCCGUUCAAAAGUUUACAUCCACUUGAUUCUUAAUACUGUGUUGUUACCUGAAUGAUCCACAGCUGUGCUUUUUUGUUUAGUGAUAGUUGUUCAUGAGUCCCUUGUUUGUCCUGAACAGUUAAACUGCCUGCUGUUCUUCAGAAAAAGCCUUCAGGUCCCACAGAUUCUUUGGUUUUCCAGCAUUUUGUGUAUUUGAACCCUUUCCAACAAUGACUGUAUGAUUUUGAGAUCCAUCUUUUCACACUGAGGACAAUUGAGGGACUCAUAUGGAACUAUUACUGAAGGUUCAAAUGCUCACUGAUGCUCCAGAAGGACAAACCAUGCAUUAAGAGCUGGGGGGUGAAAACUUUUUGAAUUUGAAGAUCAGGGUAAAUUUAACUUAUUUUGUCUUCUGGGAAACAUCUAACUAUCUUCUGUAGUCUCUGAAGGGCAGUACUAAAUGAAAAAAUAUGAUAUUUAGGCAAAAUAAAAAAAAUGUACACAUCUCCAUUCUGUUCAAAAGUUUUCUCCCCCCGGCUCUUAAUGCAUGGUUUUUCCUUCUGGAGAAAUUUGUGUUAUGUGUAUUCUACUGACAUUACAUGCAUGCAAAUGGACUGUCAUAAAACCUGUUAUAGUAAAAACUCACGUAAAAUACAAUCAUUACAGCUACCGAUAGAGGUCAAAUUAGUUAUGCUUCAACGACCGGGUACACAAAUGUAUUUUCCCUACUGACUGGCAAGUGCAGCUGCAUAUCGAUGUCGAAUUUUGCACAGGCAAGCACCACUCUUUUUUUUUCCAGAAAAUGUGCAUUCUAGUUAUUAUUAUUAUUAUUAUUAUUAUGGACAAAAUUUUGGAGUGUAACUUGUCUGACACCCUUUGUGCUGAUUGUGAGGGCUCAAAUCAACCAGAAUAUUGAGGAGAGGUGUACUAUGAAUUUUAUAAGCGAUCAGUCUUACAAUAUUCAAACAGUGGACAAAAAAAAAUCAGGCAAAAAAAAAAUCCCAUAGACUUAUAUUGAUGGAAUGAUCAUGAAUUCAAACUCCAACUGUCAAAAAUUCCAAUUUACACACACACAGGGCCUUAAGAUCCUGAUAUAUCAUGUAUCUUGGCCCAUUGAGGAGAAUUGCAUUAUUGGUAGUCUAAGAUAUCACAGUUGCGUCACGUGCACAGCACUCAUUAAACUGAGUGUAAUCACAAAACUACCGCAAAAUAGACAUAUUACAUAUCAAAAAGCUUGGAUGACAGAGGAGAAUUUGCAUUUAUGUCACGUGCACAUCACUUGCACGUUAACCCCCAAAAUAAGUGGAUUCACGAAACUACCACAACACGGACAUGUGAUACAUCUAAAUGGCUCAAUGAAGAGAAUUGCAUUGUGGGUAUUCUAAUGACGUCACGUGUACGUCAUUAAACUGAGUAUAAUCACAAAACUAGUGGUACAUAGAGAGAGGUCCAAGAUGGUGCCUUGUUAAGACGAAGUUUUCAGAGCUCCUGACCAAACUUUACGGUUUUAGAAAGGCUAGCUGUAUUAACGUAUUAUUUCAUUACAUUUGCUGGUUCAGAUAUCAGUACAUUCAUUUAAGAGCGUAAACAUGCCAUCUGACAAACACAAAGAGCGAUCAGACAUUGUGGACACUAGUGUGGAUGUUCACGAUUAUGCUUCUCCUGCUAUAAACGAGCUCUGCCCGACUUCACUCCCUGUCACUCCUAGCAAGCCACCUGCUUACAAAAAAGGUAAAUCUUCAAGUCCAACUGAGCAGGCUGACUCUGCCAUCAUUUCCACAUGCUCCUCGUUGAUCAAUACUCGGUCUGAUGCACUUGAAGGAAUGAUUAGCGCCAAUGCUCUGAAGAUAGAAGGGCUGAAGAAAACAAUAUACUUUGUGUAUGCCAAAGUACAAGAUCUAAAGAAGAAUGUGAAAGAUGUAGAUUCCAGGCUUAAAGAUCAAGGUGUCUCAUGGGCACCUGGGAAACACGCAUUUCUGAUCUGGAGAGAUACUCUCGCAGGUGGAAUUUGAGAUUGUUUGGAGUGCUUGAGACUUUCAAGGAAGAUAUCAGAUCCGAGGUCAUUCGAAUCUGCAGUGUGACUUAUCCCAAGGCCAAGAACAAGUACCCUGACAUCGUUGACACUGUGCAUCGUCUAGGGAGGAGAGGUGACAGCACAAAAUCCCACGCUAUUAUCAUGCAGUUUAUCUCACGAGUUAUCUGCGAUGCCUUAUGGAAAGCUGCCAAGAAGUCCCAGUUUCUCCAAGACAACAACUUACGCUUCGCAGAGGAAGGAAGAACUUGUGGCCGAGAGUGAGAGAGGCAAGGGCUGCCAGAAAACAUCUGAGCACGUGCGUUUAUUGAAGGUGUGGAGAUUACUUUGUGAGUUCCAUCAUGAGGAUCGUGUACUCUUUUCUAAGAUGGUGACUGUUACCUGUCAGUAUGGCAUUUGAGCCAUCACCGUAUUACAGCUGGACCUUUAAUUUGGUCAUUUAAACGGGUCAGUUAAGCUCUGUUCAUCUCAGUUUUUUCCUCAUCUAUCAGUCAAUUUUGACUUUUUGCCUUUGUUUUAAUUCGUGUUAACAGUUGUUCAUUGCUGUUUGUUUAUCAAUGUCGAUAUCAAUGUCGAAUGUCUUUCAUUUCUCUCAAUGCCAAGGGUUUAAGAAACAGUGUGAAGCACAAAGCCCUCUUUUUGUUUGUUAAAAGCCAUGGAUCAGACUUUUGCUUUUUUUCAAGAAACCCAUUCCACGCAGGAUGAUGUUAAAUUUUGGAGGUCUCAGUGGGGCAGUGAUGUAUGGAUGUCGCACGGCACAGAGCGAUCAUCAGGUGUCGCCACUUUAAAAAAUAAGUUUGCUGGUGAGAUUCUACACGUUGUCAGUGAUCCCAAGGGUCAUUUUCUCUUGGUAGUUGUUUCACUUGGUCAGACCAUCUCAGUUUUAUUAAAUGUGUAUGGGUACAAUUCUUCUAAAGAAAAUACCACUUUAAUGGAUGUGAUCAGUGACAGUAUACAGUACUGGUUAAAUAAAUACCCCAAAGCUGUUCUUAUUUUAGGUGGGGAUUUCAAUAUGGUUUUAAAUAGUGAUUUGGAUAGAUUCCCCCUAGAGGUGCUUCUAUAAGUCCAAUUAUGAAUAAUUUCAUGUUACGUUUUUGUGUUGUUGAUAUAUGGAGAGAAAUAUAUCCACGACAGAGACUCUAUACGUGGAGCAGCAAGGACCGUUCUAAGCAGUCUCGAAUAGAUUACUGGCUCAUUUCCCAAAACCUAGCAAAUAGUUGUAAAUCAGUCAGCAUUCAUGCUACACCUCUUACAGAUCACAGUGCUGUCCCUCUCGAGAUUUGUCUUUCUGCAUCCCUUGAUUUCAGCUCAUCUCCUUCUUAUUGUAAAUUGAACAAUUCCCUUAUCCUGUUUGAAGAUGUUAAGAAGAAUAUUACAUUACUGAUUGAGCUGUACUGGAGAAGAGCUUUAGCGUUAGACUCAUUUUGUUACCAGAUGGAGCUGUCAAAGUUUGAAAUUUGUAAAUAUUUUAGAACAUUCAGUAGUAAUUUAGCUAAACUUGAAGAAAAUAAGGUGGUGUCUAAAAUUGCAAUACUUUCUUCUAAACCCCCAGAGCUGUUUUCUGAAUCUGAUAAGCUUGAGUAUGCUGACCUGCAGUCUAAAUUAGAUGAGAUGUACAUUUAUAGGGCACAGGGUGCUUACAUUAGAUCUAGACAAAAAUGGAUGCAGGAGAGAGAAUGUAACACAGCAUAUUUUUUCAGAUUAGAAGAAGUACUUCACUAAUUGAAACUCUUAAUAUUGAGAGGACAAUCACUAAUAAUCCUCAAGGAAUUGCACAUUUCUGUGCUAAAUUUUACAGUAAUCUGUAUAAAAAAAUUAUUCUGAAGAGGCAGCCCGUACUUUUCUGGAGUCUGUUAAAAAUUGUAAGACUGUUUCAAGAGAUGACAGAUAUCUCUGUGAUAGUGAAAUUACUUUAUCUGAAGUUAGUAACUCAAUUCUAAAACUUAAAAACAAUAAAUCUCCCGGAACGUACAGGCUUACCGCAGAGUUUUAUAAACAGUUCUCUAAAGAAUUGUCUCCUUUUUUGGUUUUUGAAGAAGGCAUACAGAAUAAUGCUGUCCCCCCGACUCUCACUCAAGGUUUAAUUACUUUAAUUCCAAAACCUAAAAAAGAUUUACUUUUAAUUGACAAUUGGCAUCCAGUUUCUCUGCUUAACAGUGAUUAUAAAAUUUUAGCUAUUAUAUUUGCUAAAAGACUAAAAUCUGUACUGGGUUCUGUAAUAGAUGAGACACAAUCUGGCUUUUUGAACAAAAGACACAUUGUUAACAAUAUAAGGUUGAUUCUUGUUUUAUUAGAUUAUUCAGACUUGAUUCAGGAGGACCGCUUCAUUCUUUUCUUAGAUUUCUAUAAGGCUUUCGAUUCUUUGGAGCACCAAAUUAUUAUUAAUUCAUUAGAAAAAUUUGGUUUUGGGGAUAUGUUUUGCAGAGUAAUUAAAACUCUUUACAAUAAUGGAAGUGCUUCAAUUAAAUUAAAGAAUGGUACUUCACCAAGGUUUAGGUUAUCCAGAGGAGUGAGACAAGGGUGUCCUAUUUCUCCCUAUUUAUUUCUUCUUUGUUUGCAGCUGCUGUCAACUUUUGUAUGUGAAAGCAGUAUUCAGGGUAUUCAUGUAGUGGAUCAAGAAAUAUUUAUUAGUCAAUUAGCAGAUGACACCACCUUAUUUUUAAGAGAUGCUUCCCGAAUCCCUAUAGCAAUUAAUUAUAUAAAGCAUUUCUCUAAAGCUUCAGGUCUUAAUCUAAAUAUAGGUAAAUGUGAAUUAAUGUCUAUUAAAGAUUGUACAGCACCCACUAUUUAUAAUAUUCCAGUUAAAUCUGAAAUUACAUAUUUAGGCAUUGUGAUUACUAAAAAUCAAGAUAGAAGAUUGAACUUUGACCCCAUUAUAAUAAAAGCCUUGAACUUUGAUCCCGUUAUAAUAAAAGCCCAAAGAAGAUUUAACACAUGGUUGCAGAGAGACUUCACCUUGAGAGGCAGAGUACUGCUUGCUAAGGCGGAGGGCAUUUCCUUACGUAUACUGCACUCUCUCUAUAUGUGGACAACAAAAUUUGUAAAUCAGUUGAUAAAAUCCUAUUUUAUUUUGUUUGGAAAAAUAAAACCCAUUACAUUAAGAAGUCUGUAUUAAUGAACACAUACGAGUAUGGUGGGUUGAAUUUCCUUGAUUUCUCAUCUUUCAGCAACACUUUCAAAUUUAAUUGGAUUAGGCAGUUUUUGUGUAAACCAAACUCAAUCUGGAAUUUUAUCCCCAAUUACUUCUUUUCCAAAUUAGGUGGUCUCCCUUUCCUAUUGAUUUGUAAUUAUAAUAUUGCUAGAAUCCCUUACAAUUUAUCUAAAUUUCAUAAACAGGCAUUACUUGCAUGGUCAUUAAUCUUUAAGCACAAUUUCUCUCCUCACCGGUAUUUCAUCUGGAACAAUCAAGACAUUGUAUAUAAGAGAAAAUCUUUGUUUUUUAGUAAUUGGUUUGAGAAAGUCAUUUUGAUUUGUUUCCCAGUUAUUUAACUCAGAAGGUCUUAUUUUAAGUUAUGAAGAAUUCUUAUGUAAAUUUGGUUUUCCAGUAACUCCCAAAGAAUUCUCCUUUGUCAUGGAUGCUAUUCCUAAAGGAGCUGUCAUGCUUUUAAGGGAUUCUGUUAGAUCAUCCAGCACUUUACCUAUUUCUUUAGACCCAUUGGAAAUCCCAGUAGGAAAACUGUGCUUUUUGUCACAUCCUUCAUCACGUAACUAUAAGAUUAGAUCGCUUUUUCAAAAGGAGCUUGUAACAACUCCAUAUGUGGUGUUUCAUUGGAUGAAUGUUGUUGAUCAUAUUGAUUGGAAAAAAGUAUGGACUCUGUCUUCGAAAUACAUAAUAACUAACAAGGUUAGAGAAAUCUCAUUCAAAUUGUUACACAGAUUUUACCCAACUAAUGUGUUUUUGAAAAGGUUUAAAUCAGACAUAGAUACAAGCUGUUCUUUUUGUGGUGACCCUAAUGAAAGUGAUAUGCAUAUCUUCUGGGAUUGUCCUCACACACAGCUAUUUUGGACUGAAUUCUCUAAUGUUAUCGAUCGCAGUGUGCUCCAGGGUUUCUCUUUGCUUUUCAAGGAUGUACUGUUUGGCUUCUUUAAAAUUAACGAAUAUUUUAUUAUUAACCUAUUAUUACUUCUUUCAAAAUUUCAUAUUCACCACAGUAAAUUCACUCAUCAAAAUCCUUUAUUUAUUGAUUUUAAGAAAGAGGUUCAACAGUAUAUCCAAACUAUUUCAUCUUCCACGAAUCUUAAAGCUCUUAAAACAGUUAAUUUAUUUCAACUUUUUAACUUAUUUUGUUAAAGUUUUCAUUUUGUAUUAUUUACUUAUUGUUACAUACGUCUACAAAUGGUGCUUUGCAUGUAAUGACACUUCUUUGUAUGUAAUGUUGAUAUUUUCUGUACUUUUAUCUUUGGUACCUUGGCAUUAAAAGAAAAAAAAAAAAAAAAAGCUAGUGGUACAUAGACAUACAUCAAAACGCUUGGCCAACUGGGGAGAAUUGCGUUAAGAGUGUUAUGGUGACUUUGCAUGCCUGUCACGUGCACAUGUUGGACUCGUUUGCCGGGAGUUUCUUGCCUGCGUCAGUAUUUAAACUAUACUGUUUCUUUCUUUUUCAUCAGUAAUUUUGCGCUAUCGUUUUGAUCUGUUGUAUUUUUCACUUUCCUUUCUGACGUGUUUUCAUUUUUUCGAAGAACGCGUUUUUUUUUUUGUUUGUUUUUUGCGAACGGAGGCCAUCCAUGCCGGAUCGUGUAAAGUAAUAUCAACAAAUCUUCGACAAAGGUUUUCUCAAACAUGAACUACAGAAAAUCUAAGUACUGCUCCCGUCUCACUGACGACAGCCUAAAGUCCUGUGUGAAGAUGAAAGUCACAUCUUACAGCCCCGAUAUAGAGAAGCUCUGCAGUGAUGUUCAGAGACAGAAAUCACAUUAAACAGGUGAGAACACUAUCCCCCAACAGGCUAUUAUUUUGCAAAAAAAAUAUUUUUGACCCUGAUUGAUCAUGGUAUUCUCCUCGAUAGACUGGAAAAUGUAGUAGGAAUUAAGGGAAUGGCCCUUUCCGGGGUCAGGUCUUAUUUGACUGAUCGUUAUCAGUUUGUAAAUGUAAAUGGUGACUUCUCUUCUCAUACUAAGGUAAAGUUUGGUGUUCCACAAGGUUCUGUUUUAGGCCCAUUGCUCUUUUCUCUAUAUAUAUGCUACCUCUGGGCAAAAUUAUCCGUAAACAUGGUAUUAGCUUUCACACACAGUUGUAUGUUUCAGCAAAGCCAGAUGACAGACACCAGCUUAAUAAAGUUGAGGAAUGUGUAAAAGACAUUAGAAACUGGAUGCUUAUUAACUUUCUCUUACUUAAUUCUGAAAAGACAGAAGUACUUGUACUAGGACCACAUGCAGCUAGAAGUAAGCUUUCUGAUUACAUAAUAACUCUGGAUGGCCUUUCUGUUUCAUCAUGUGCAGCAGUAAAAGACCUUGGUGUGAUUAUCGACGCUAGUCUUUCUUUUGAAGCUCAUGUAGAUAAUAUCACUAGGAUAGCUUUCUUUCAUCUCAGAAAUAUUGCUAACAUAAGAAAUGUAUUGUCACUACAUGAUGCAGAAAAAUUUGUUCAUGCUUUUGAUACCUCUAGGUUGGAUUAUUGUAAUGCCUUACUGUUUGGAUGCUCCAGUAGAUGCAUAAAUAAGCUCCAGUUAGUCCAGAAUGCAGCAGCAAGAAUCCUUACUAGAAUCAGAAGAUAUGACCACAUCAACCCUAUCUUACCCACACUGCAUUGGCUCCCAAUCAAAUUUCGUAUUGAUUAUAAAAUACUACUAUUGACCUAUAAAGCAUUAAAUGGUCUCGCGCCACAGUACCUGAGUGAACUUUUGGUCUUUUAUGAUCCGCCACGCCUACUCAGAUCAAAAGAUGCAGGCUCUUUUGUUGGUACCUCGAAUAGUGCGUGCUACAGCUGGGGGUAGAGCGUUCUCUUACAAAGCCCCACAUUUAUGGAACAGCCUUCCACUUAGUGUUCGGGGCUCAGACAGUCUCAGUGUUUAAGUCUAGGCUGAAAACAUAUUAAGCCUUUAGUGAAUAGUUUUCUUAGGUACAGGGGCAGGUCUGGAGGGUUCACAGGCAUAGAGUGUUGUGGUGAACUGGGAUGUUUGGAUGCUGUCGCCCCCCCCUCUCUCAAGCGUUCACUCAGGUUUGUCGACGGUGGAAUGGCUGGCUGCCUUAUGUCCCAGGGUGCCCUCAUGUCUAUGUUAGCUUCUGGCUCUCCCUUUUAGUUAUGAUGUCAUAGCUAGUCCUGCCGGAGUCCCUGCUUGCACUCUGCAUGCAAAGUACAUUGUCCUUAACCAUUAGAGGACAAAAGCUUACCUAAGCUUACCUUACUCUCCCUCUCUCUCUCCAUCUCUCUCUCUCCCUCACUCUCUGUCGAGCUACACAUGCUACUUCUGAGAUGCCAGUGAUCCUUACCCCUUCUGCUCCUCCUCGCUGCCUGAACCAUCCUGAUGCCCCUUCUGCUCCUCCUCGCUACUUGAUCCAUCCUGAUGCCCUACUUCUGGUUGGAGUUCUCAUCGGGUGAGUUCGCUCACUGCUGCUGGGGGCAGCCCCAUAUGGACGGUCUGAAGAACCAUUUGGUUGCUGGGGAUAGUCCCACCUGGGGGCUGUGGAGAUGGCUUGGGGAUCACAUAUGGGGAGCUGUACUGUAAUGGCUUGGGACUGCGAUUGCUGUAGUGGCUUUGGGGCUGCGGUUGCCACGAACACCUUCGUACUCAGGACUCCAUCAGUGGACAGUGGAUAGAUUUUAACCAACUGGACUUCUUGCAAAAACUGUUUGUUUAGCCUGCAUAGUUCCAUGAUUUAUUUAUUCAAAAGUGGGCUGCACCUUAUUUUACUAAUUUUCUUCAAACAUAAAAGUUCUGUGAUUUUCUUUGUUAUAAUGAGUAAAAAUAACAAUAAAAUGUCAUCAGUUUUGAUUGUAGUUCUAUGAUUUCAUAAAUGCAGCAUAGGUAGUUUUUUGUAUAUAAAUUAUAACUAUAUAUAAAACUUUAUAAGCUUGUAUUCUCAGUCCCGAAAAUAUGGUGUUUACGUGUUUACCUUCGUGUAAGUCAUUGUGUUUCAGUAAGUGUUCGUCGCGUUUGUCUGUCUCUAGGCACAUUUACGAUCGGUCGUUUCUGUUAGAGAUAAACAGAACUUUUAUUUGCGAGUUAAACUCCACACACGCUGAAGAGCUUCGGAGCUUGGGAUUACUCCGCCAGCCUACUACAUCACCGACCUCGACUUCUGCACUGCCUCCGCUGAGGAGACGCAGCAGGCGGCAUGAGAGGAAGCAGAAGAGGGGAAAGCGCGGAGGCAUCUGAGCUAGGAUAGCGGCUAGCCCACACAAGCCGGCUAUUCUAACCAUCCUGCUCACCAACGUACGCUCUCUCAACAAUAAAAUGGACCACAUACAGCUACUGAGAACUGCUCAACGAACUGUCAAAGACUGUUGUGUCCUUAUAUUUAUGGAAACAUGGCUCAACGACAAUAUUCCUGACUCCGCCAUUCAGCUGGAUCAGCUAACAUGCUACCGAGCAGACCGAGCGGUCGAGAGCGGUAAGACCCGCAGUGGCGGGGUCUGUGUUUACAUCAAUGAUGCUUGGUGUCGUGAUACCGUGGUAGUCUGCAGACACUGCUCUCCCUUGUGGAGUUUAUAAUCGUCAAGUACCGACCUUUUUACAUUCCGAGGGAGUUCAGUGAUUUUGCUGGUCGCUGUUUACAUUCCACUCAGCCCUAACAACAACGAUAGGAAUGAGGCACUCAGCGCACUGUACCAUGCCAUCAGUGAGCAACAGACAACACACCCUGAUGGAUUUCUCAUCCUGGCCGGAGAUUUUAACCACGCAGACCCUAGAUCAGUGCUACCAAAAAUUAUAUCAGCACAUUGAUUUUCCAACACGGGGAAACAAUAUUUUAGACGUGGUUUACACAACCCACAGAGGAGCAUACAAAGCCUUUCUGACCACACUACUGUUAUGCUAAUGCCAGCAUACAGACCAAGGGUGAAAGUCACCAAACCUGCUCAAAGACAGGUUUGUGUAUGGCCAGAAGGUGCCUCCUCAUCACUUCAAGACUGUUUUGCCACCACAGACUGGGACCUGUUUAAACAGGCAGCCACCUACAACCAGCACACUGACAUUCAGGAAUAUACUGAGACAGUCACUGCCUACAUCACCAAAUGCAUUGAUGAUGUAACUGUAACCAGGACCCUCACCACCCGUGCAAAUCAGAAGCCAUGGCUGACAGGAGAGGUCCAUAACCUGCUGAAGGCACGAAAUGCUGCCUUUAGGGCCGGCGAUGAUGAUGACCUGAGAACAGCUAGGGCCAACCUGUCCCGUGGCAUCAAAAAGGCCAAAAGACAAUAUGCCAGGAGGAUAACCCACAACUUUAAAGACAGCAGAGCCUGUGGCACGGAAUCCAAGGGAAUCUCUGCUAAAUGAGCUCAAUAAUUUCUUUGCACGUUUUGAAGCACACAACACCAUGCCUGCACAAAAGACUCCACCUUCUCUUGACGACCAGGUUCUGUGUAUUUCUCCAGCCAGCGUGAAGAGAUCCUUCUCUAAGAUCAACGCCUGGAAAGCAGCUGGUCCACACAACAUACCGGGUCGGGUGCUGAAGGACUGUGCAGAAGAGCUCAAAGAUGUCUUCACAGACAUCUUCAACAUCUCCCUGAGCCAGGCUGUUGUCCCCACAUGCUUCAAAACUACCACAAUUAUACCAGUCCCUAAGAAGCCACCCCCAUCCAGCUUUAAUGACUACCAUCCUAUUGCUCUGACCCCCAUUGUCAUGAAGUGCUUUGAGUGGAUAGUCAUGCAACACAUCAAAGCCAUCAUCCCCCCCUCUCUUGACCCCUUCCAGUUCGCAUAUCAGGCCAACCGGUCCACCGAUGAUGCAAUCUCCACUGCUCUCCACUCAGCUCUCUCUCACUUGGAAACAAAAGACGCUUAUGUGAGAAUGCUGUUUCUGGAUUUCAGUUCUGCAUUUAACACCAUCAUCCCACAGCAGUUAAUACAGAAACUGGACCAGCUUGGCAUCAACACCUCCAUGUGCAAUUGGCUGCUGGACUUUCUCACCGGAAGACCACAGGCAGUUCGGGUUGGCAACAACACAUCCAGCACCAUUACACUGAACACAGGGGCACCACAAGGAUGUGUUCUCAGCCCCCAGCGCUUCACCCUGCUAACCCACGACUGCACACCAAUGUAUAGCACCAACCUCUUCAUAAAGUUUGGGGACGAUACAACAGUAGUAGGACUCAUCAGCAACAAUGAUGAGACAAACUACAGGAAUGAGGUGCAACAACUGGCCAUAUGGUGCACGAACAACAAUCUCUCUCUAAACAUAGAGAAGACAAAGGAGAUUGUUGUCGACUUUCUGAGAGCACACACCCAGCACCCUCCUCUGAUCAUCAACAGUGCUGCUGUGGAGAGCAUGCACCAAGUUUCUGGGUGUGCACAUAACAGAGGACCUCUCCUGGACCACCAACACUGCAUCUCUGGCCAAGAAAGCACAACAACGCCUCUAUUUCCUCCGCAAACUGAGAAGCGCCAGAGUCCCGACAACCAUCAUGUACUCAUUCUACCGUGGCACCAUUGAAAGUAUCCUGACCAGCUGCAUCACUGUGUGGUUUGGGAACAGCACUGCUCAAAACCAGAAGACACUGCAACGUAUAAUGAAAGCAGCAGGAAAAAUCAUCAGUGCCACAUUACCUUCCCUCACAGACAUUUACAACACCCAGUUAACCCGGAAAGCACUCAGCAUAGCAGGGGACCACACCCACCCCUUACAAGGCCUCUUUAGUCUUCUGCCAUCGGGGAGGAGAUUUCGCAGCCUCCAGGCCCGAACCACAGGACUGAAGAACAGCUUCAGCCACCAGGCUGUCAGGAAGCUGAACUCUCUCCCCUCCCUGCCCUCUGCCUUAAGAGUCACCGAACUGUAACUGCGCACACACACACACACACACACACACACACACACACACACACACACCCACCUCAAAUCACACAAAUGCACAGGCCACUUUUACUACUGCUGCUCUCUCUGUUGUGUAACUGCACACACACACCCCCCCCAAAUCACACAAAUGCACAAGCCACUGUUGCACUACAAUGUAAGUGAAGUGAAGUGAAGUGACUUGUGGCCAAGUAUGUAACCAGGUCCACUUCCACAAAUGCUGCUCUCUCUUGUUUGCACUAAAAUGUAAAUAUCUUCACACUCACAUGUGCCAUGAAUGUCUAUAGUGUACAUAUUUUAUUUUAUUUUAUUUUACUUUUUUUAUUACUUGUCUUGUUAUGUUGGUUUCUCACACCAUGGGUCUGGGGGAACCGAAAUUUCAGUCCUCUGUGUGUCCUGUACAUAUAGCAGAAUUGACAAUAAAGUUGACUUUGACUAUUGUAUCUUCAUUUUAAGGGUCAAAUAUGUUUUAUGGCUCCAGAUGAAUUUUAUUUAGGGGGAGAGGGGGCUCUUUUGACAGUAAAGGUUGCAGACCCCUGCCUUAGGCGGAACAAUCCCCCAACUCCGGCAUUAGAGCCCUCACAGCGGGGCGAAUGGGUGACGACUCGGCGGCAUAAUCACAAAGCCAAAACUAACACUAAGGCUCACUCACGGGAGCACUACUCCUCUCCAUUUCACAUGUCUAACAGGUUUGCUCUCCUCAGUGGUGCUGUGGUUUAGUUGUUUAAAGUGCCUGCCUAGUAAACAGGAGAUCCUGGGUUUGAAUCCCAGUGGUGCAUUUGUUAGGGGUAAUAAUAUGGCUCGGCUCGGCUCGGCUCGGCUCGGCUCGGCUCAUUUUUGGGGGCAGUCGUGGCCUAAUGGAUAGUGAGUCAGACUUGCAACCUAAAGGUGAACCUGAAGGUCGUGGGUUCGAGUCUCAGGUCCGGCAGGGAUUGUAGGUGGGGGGAGUGAAUGACCAGUGCUCUCUUCCACCCUCUUCCACCCUCAAUACCACGACUGAGGUGAGACCCUUGAGCAAGGCACCCCCAACUGCUCCCCGGGUGCCGCAGCAAAAAAGGCUGCCCACUGCUCUGGGUGUGUGUUCACUACUGUGUGUGCACUUGGAUAGGUUAAAUGCAGAGCACAAAUUCUGAGUAUGGGUCACCAUACUUGGCCACAAGUCACUUCACUUCACGAAGCACCCGCUGAGAAACCUGAAAGAGCUCUGGUUAUAGGAGACUCUAUCUUCAGGCACGUGAAAUUAGCUAGGCCUUUAGGGGCACCAGCAGCACUAGUUAGUCUGGAGCCAGGCUGCCAGACAAGCACAGGUUUUCAAAGAUAGUUUUUCAUGUAGGAGCUAAUGAUGUAUGCCUUCAUCAGAGAUGACUAAGAUUAACAUUGUAGAGGUGUAAAUUAGCGAAACGAUGUCCGAUGCAUUAAUAUGCUCUGGCCCAAUCCCAGUGAGGCGUGGCAAUGUAGUUUACAGCAGAUUAUGGUCUCUGAACUGCUGGAUGUCCAGGUGGUGCUCUGAAAACAAUGUGGGCUUUAUAGAUAAUUGGAGUAGUUUUGAGGGCAAGGCUGGCCUGUUAGGGCGGUACAGUAACUAUACCACUCGGGAAAGUGCUGCUGUCAUUUCUUGCAGCAUAGCACAUAGUCUUAGAACAGGCCUAGUUAAUUGGUGACAAUCCAGAGCCAUGGCCAGGGGAGCAGACAAGCUAGCUAAUGUAUUAACUGAGUCGUCACGUAGGUUCCAAAAUAUUGAGACUGUGUCUGUUCCCCGAGCUAUACAAAAAUGUGGAAAUACUAAGAAAGUUUGUUUUAGUAACUUAACUAACAUAAAAUUAGAUCAUACUUUUAAAGGACUGUUAAAUAUUAGAUCUCUUAUGUCCAAAGCGCUUAUUGCUAAUGAAACUCUUACUGAUUAGGAAUUUAAUGUACUGUGUUUAACAGACAAAUUAAACCAAAUGAGUAUGUAGCAUUAAAUGAAGCUAGUUCUCCUGGAAACAGUUAUAUACAUCAGCCCCGUCUAACUGGCAGAAGAGGAGGUGUCGCAAUUAUUUAUAAUAAUAAUCUAGGCGUCACACAAAAACCUAGUCAUAAAUUCAACGUGUUUGAAGUUCUUUAUACUAAGAUAACAUCCAUAGCCACAAAAAAUAAGUCUACCCAGUUGAUUCCACUAAUUAUUAUUUACAGACCCUCAGGGCCAUAUUCUAAAUUCCUUUGUGAAUUUGCGGAUUUCAUCUCUAGCCUGGUUGUUUCUUUAGACAAAGUAUUAAUUGUUGGAAAUUUUAUUAUUCAUUCUGAUAACCCAGAAGACCCUCUGAGAACAGCAGUUGUGUCCAUUCUAGAUUCAGUAGGGGUUAUUCAGAAUGUAAUAGGACCCACUCAUAAUGGUGGUCACACUCUUAAUCUAUUACUAACAUUCGGAUUAAAUAUAGAAAAUAUAGUCACAUUUCCGAAGUCUGAAGCUAUCUCAGGUCAUUAUCUCACCUCAUUUAAAAUAUGUCUUAAUCAUAAUAUAUGCAUCUUGCCACGCUACCGUGUCAAGCGUGCAUUUACAUCAGCUAUUGCACAGAGUUUUAUCAAUAAUCUCCCAGAGUUACCAACCAUGAUUGGAUCACUGUCUGAUCCCAAAGAACUUGAUCAGGCAACUGAAUACUUAGAGUCAAUGUUCCGCUACAUGCUAGAUAAGGUAGCUACACUUAAAAGAAAUAUUAAUUAGAGAAAAAAAAGUUAGCACCCUGGUGUGAUGAUCACACACAUAUCUUAAAACAGACCACUCGAAAAAUUAGAAUGUAAAUGGCGUCAAACUAACUUGGUAGUAUUUCAAACAGCAUGAAAGGAGAGCCUGCUGAGCUAUCGAAAAGCUCGCAGUGCUGCUAGAUCACUGUAUCUCUCCACCCUAAUUGGAGAUAACAAAAAUAAUCCUAAUUUCUUAUUUAAUACUGUAGCAAAAUUAACUAGGAAUAAGACCACAACAGAAUUAUGCACACAAUCAUUAUAUAGUAGUGAUGACCUCAUGAAAUAUUUUGAAAAAUUGAAAAUAUCAGGCAGAAAAUUCAGACUAUUAAUUUAAAACCAGACAGUUUCAUAACUAACCCUGUAGAUAAUAUAACAAUAUCAGAUCAACAUGAAUGUUUUACUCUCCUGCUAGAGACUGAUUUGAACUAAUUUCACUAAUUUCCUCAUCAGAAUCAUCGACUUGAAUACUAGAUCCCUUACCUUAUAUGUUUCUUCAACCAGAUAAUUCCAUAAGCAAUUGAACCUCUUCUAAAAAUAAUCAGUUCUUCCCUUAGCACUGGCUAUGUACCUAAAUCUUUUAAGCUAGCAAUUAUCAAAUCCUAAAAAAACCUGACCUCAGCCCCUGUCAAUUACCCAAUUAUAGGCCAAUGUAGAACCUCAUUUUUAUCUCCAAGAUCCUAGAAAAGGUUGUGGUGCAGUAGUUAUGCUCAUUCAUACAUAGGAAUAACAUUCAUGAAGUGUAUCAGUUAGGAUUUAGGCCUCAUCAUAGCACAGAGACAGCACUGGUUAAAGUCGUAAAUGACCUACUACUGGCCUCUGAUCAGGGUUGUGUCUACUUGCUCAUGUUGCUUGACCUUAGUGCAGCUUUUGAUACCAUUGAUCAUGCUAUUCUCCUUUAUAGACUAGAAAAUGUUUUUGGUGUUAAGGGAACGGCCCUCUCCUGGCUCAGGUCUUAUUUGACUGAUCAUUAUCAGUUUGUAGGUGUCACUUCUCUACGUGUUCUAAGGUAAAGUUUUGUGUUCCGCAAAGAAAAAAAUAUGCUACCUCUGGGUAAAAUUAUUUGUAAACAUGGUAUUACCUUUCACUAUUAUGCGUAUGACACACAGUUGUAUGUUUCAGCAAAGCCAGAUGACAGACACCAGCUUAAUAAUGUUGAGUAAUGUAUAAAGGACAUUAGACACUAUAUGCUUAUUAACUUCCUUUCACUUAAUUCUGACAAGACAGAAGUACUUGUACUAGGACCACAUGCAGCUAGAAGUAAGCUUUCUGACUACAUAGUAACUCUGGAUGACCUUUCUAUUUCAUCAUGUGCAGCAGUAGAAGACCUUGGUGUGAUUAUUUACUCCAGUCUUUCAUUUGAAGCUCAUGUAGUUAAUAUUACUAGCAUAGCCUUCUUUGAUCUCAGAAAUAUUGCUAACAUAAGAAAUAUGAUGUCUCUACACAAGGCAGAAAAAUUAGUUUAUGCUUUUGUUACCUCUAGGUUGGAUUAUUGUAAUGCCUUACUGUCUGGCUGUUCCAGUAGGUGCAUAAACAAGCCCCAGUUAGUCCAGAAUGCAGCAGGGAGAGUCCUUACUAGAAUCAGAAGAUAUGACCACAUCACUCCUAUCUUAUCGACAGUGCAUUGGCUCCCUAUCAAAUUUUGCAUUGAUUAUAAAAUACUACUGUUGACCUAUAAAGCACUGAAUGGUCUCGCGCCUCAGUACCUGACCGAACCUUUGGUCUUUUAUGAUCCGCCACACCUACUUCCAUCAAAAGGUGCAGGUUAUUUGUUGGUACCUCGAAUAGUGAAACCUACAGCAGGGGUAGUGCUUUCUCUUACAAAGCCCCACAGUUAUGGAACAGCCUACCAGUUAGUGCUUGGGACUCAGACACAGUCUCAGUGUUUAAGUCUAGGCUGAAAAAAUAUUUGUUUGGUCAAGCCUUUUGUGAAUAGGUUUUUCUUAGGUAAAAGAGCAGAUCUGUAAGGUUCACAGGCAUAGAGUGUUGUGGUGAACUGGGAUGUUUGGAUGCUGUCGCCCCCGCAAAGUACAUUGUCCCAUUGUCCCAGGGCCUGAAUUUAGUUUUUUAAACUGGGGGGGGGGGACCCUUACAUGGGUCACAUGGGUUCCCCCCUUACAUGGGUCACAUGGUGGGGAUUUAAAGAUUAUGGAGGAGAGAAUAAAUUUUGACACAUCGGGCUAAAUUAAUAAUCUUCAUUUAUUUAUGUCUACAGAUUUUAAUGUAUGGUGGUUUUCAAAUAACAAGCUUAAUAACAAAAUUUGUCAUGCUCUCCUCCAAAUUGACAUUAAGAACUGUAUUAAAACUAUAUAUUAAUGCCUUUCAGAAUCAGUGAAUCCCAAAUGGAGAAGGAAUGUCUCAGCUUUCUAAGAUAUAGCCUAAUUAUUUUUUUCUAAUAUUUAAGCGUUGUGAAAUAAUCUAUUCAGAGGGUCAGAUUUUUUUAUUUUAAGAAAAAGAAGCUCUCUAAGAUUAAAAACCAUUUUAGUGAAUUAUGUUUAUUUCUACAUAAAUUAAAUAACAGUUAAGGAAAAAUAUAUUGCAUACCAAGCUGUUGGCAUCUCCUCGCGGUUGAGACAUGGGUCGUUACGUGAGAGAUGAUGAAUGUCAGUAAGCAGGAUACUAUUUUUACAUACUGUUUUAUGUUCAUUCAUGUUAACUUUCGAUAAAACGUGCAUUUUAAGACAGGGAGCUGAUGAUUUACUCGCGCUUCGUUGCUGCUGUGUUGAGUCGGCAGGCGUGCUCUAUCCGCUCACACACUAUAAAGAGCAAAACAGCAUUUAAUGUUUGAAUUUCGGGAUUAAAAUAAUAUAAUUUGGAAGCCGACACUAUCUUCACAAGCAGCUCAUUAUGACUCAGAAUAUUAGAGCGCGUCACACAGCCUUGUGAGUAAGUUCAGUGCAACGCAGGCCACGGAGAGCACACUGAUGCGCUACAGGGCUCAACGACAGUCAGAGAUGGCCGGUGCAGCGCUGUUUGCAGAAUUAAAUUCUAAAAUAAAGACAGACUGUUUGAACCGGUGAUUUCUUUUUUCGCGUCUGUUGAUGUAUUUCAUAAUUUGAUCUGAGAUGAAGCAAAUACAUUUGUGCGGGAAUUUCUUGCAUUAUAAAAGUUAAAUUUGCGGGAAUGGUUUAAAUUAUGCGCAAUCCCCGCAAUCUCGCGCUGAAAUUCAAGCCCUGCUUAACCAUUAUGGGACAAGAAGCAUACUUACAAUCUCUCUCUCUCUCUCGCUCUCUCUGUCUCUGUCUGUCGAGCUACACAUGCUACUCCUGAGAUGAUCCUGACCCCUUCUGCUCUCCGAACUUGCUUCUCCAAAACUGCCUGUUUCUCCUCAGUUGGAGAUCACUUGCUGCUGCUCGGGGUGGCUCCACAUGGAUGGCCUAAAGAUCAUUGGGAUUGCUGGGGAUGGUGCUGCUUGGGGACCAUGGAGAUGGCUUUAGACUGCGGUUCAUAUGGGCAGUUGUGCUGUGGUGGCUUUGGGUCUGCGGUUGCCGCGAGCAAUUUUGCACUCAGGUCUCCAUCAGACAGUGGAUAGGUUCAACAAAACAGAUUUCAUGCGAAAACUUUCUGGUUACAUGGUUGCAUUAUUUGUCCAUGUAGUACACAGGUACAGAAGGGAUUUAUUUAUAAUCUGUUGUCACCCAGAUGAGGAUGGGUUCCCUUUUGAGUCUGGUUCCUCUCAAGGUUUCUUCCUCAUAUCGUCUCAGGGAGAUUUUCUCUGACACCGUCACCUCUGGCUUGCUCAUUAGGGGUAAAUUCAUGCAUUUACAAUUUAUAUCCUGAAUGUAUUUAUUUCUGUAAAGCUGCUGUGACGAUGUCCAUUGUCCAUUGUUAAAAGUGCUAUACAAAAAAAAUUGAAUUGAAUGUUCCACUAACCACAGCUACCAAUAUGUCUUUUUUAGUUAUGCUUCAACAAAUACAUGCACACAUGUAGCUCCCCCUACUGACCGGCAUGCUGAAUUUUGCACGGGCAAGCACCACUCGAAAUUUUAUUCAAGAAAAUGUAGUUUUUAUAAUAAUAAUUAUAAAAGAAUUCAAGUUAUUAUUAUUAUUCUGUUCAAAAGAUUGUGCCUUAUUUCAUGGGUCAUAGUUUUUGAUGUAGAGACACGAAAUUUGGCCCAGGUUUCGAGCCUAUACGGGAAUGGGGAGCUUUUGCUUUUGGGAAAUAUCAGAAGUAAGGUUGCUGCAUAGCAACGCUCCGAAGUGGGUAAUUUGUCCAUAGGGAAGAGGUCGGGUGCUCUUAUCCAAGUUACUGGAUCUUGCAACUUAACUGCCCCUUAACAACACCCUAGCAACCAGCUGGACCAUGAUAACUAUCAAUUGACACCCUAGCAACGAGCUGACUUUCCUUAGUAACCGGCUAGCUACAACCUUGCAACCAACAGGGAUCAUAUUGAAACCUCCUAGAAACACAACGAUACAUUGCAACCACCUGGAACCCCAUAACUGCCACUUAACAACACCCUAGCAACCAGCUGGACCAUGAUAACUAUCAAUUGACACCCUAGCAACGAGCUGACUUUCCUUAGUAACCGGCUAGCUACAACCUUGCAACCAACAGGGAUCAUAUUGAAACCUCCUAGAAACACCAUGGAAACCACCUGAGAUCCCAUAACAUUUACUUUACAGCACACUCGCAACCAGAUGAGUUUCCUUAGCAAUUGAUGAGCUACAAUGAACUGGUAUCAUCGUGAAACCUCCUACAAACACCACAACAAUUGCCUUGGACCCCAUAACAGCCACAUAGAAACACUCUACCAAAAAGCUGAGUCUCCUUAGCAACUGACGGGGACCAUAUUGAAAUCUCUUACAAACAUCAUAGCAAGCACCUGGGACCCCAUAACAGCUGCCUAGCAACACCCAAGCAACUAGCUGAGUUUCCUUAGCAACUGACUAGCUACAACCUUGCAACCAACUGGGAUCAUAAUGAAACUGGGGUCAUAUUGAAACACCAUAGCAACCACCUGGGAUACUGUAACAGCCACCUAGCAACACCCUAGCAACCAGCUGAGUUUCCUUAGCCACCAACUAGCUACAAGCUUGCAAACAACUGGGAUCAUAUUGCACCACCAAAGCAGCUACCUGUGACCUCACAACAGCCAACGGGCAACACAUUAGCCACCAGCUCCUUAGCAACUGAUUAGCUACAACCUUGCAACCAACUUUGAUCAUAUUUAAACCCCAUAGAAACACCAUAGCAACCAACUGGGACCCAAUGAAAGCCACCUAGCAUAACCGUAGCAACCAGCUAAGUUUCCUUAGCAAACAACUAGCUACAACCUUGCAACCAACUGGGAUCAUAUAGAGACCUUUUAGAAACACCAUAGCAACCACCUGGUAUUCGGUAACAGCCACCUAGCAACCAGCUGAGUUUCCUUAACAACUGACUAGCUACAAGCUUGCAACCAACUAGAGUUAUACUGAUACACAAACAAAGCAACCACCUGGGAUCAUUGUUUAACUACAACCUUGUAACCAACUGGGAUCAUAUUGAAACCUCCUAGAAACUUAGAAACAUCAACUGAGAAUCAACAUGCCCAGUUACCUUAGCAACUGACUAGCUACAACCUUGCAACCAACUUUGAUCAUAUUGAAACCCUAUAGAAACACCAUAGCAACUACCUGAUAUCCCAUAACAGCCACAUAGCAACACCCUAGCACAUAGCAACCAUGAAGCAACACCCUAGCAACCAAAAUAGUUAGCAUAGGAAUAAUCUGGCAGCACAUCUAGCAAUGAACUAGAAUAUGAUACUAGCCACCUAGCAACCACUUAGCAACAACCAAGUAAACUUGGUUAGCAAUGUUUUAAUGUUUUAACAUAGUUUUUAGCCUUUUAACCAUUGCAUGCUCAACUGUUAAUAUCAACCAAGUAGCAACACCAUAACAACCAUGAGCAUUUUAGCAUUUUAAACCAAUAUCUUUAAACGUGUUUCAACAUUUUAACCUUUACAUAAUGUAAUCUCAAAUAAAAUAAAAUAAAAAAAUAAAUAAAUCUCAUAUUUCUAUCUAAAAACAAAACAAAAAAAAAACAAAAACUUGAAUUUCCCCUACAAGGGAUCAAAGUUACAUCUUACAUCUUAUAAACUUUUUUCUACACUUUUUUGUCCCUUUACACACUUAACUAUUACACAUUUUAACAUUUGGAAUCAGUGACAUAAAAUGUUGCCAAAAGCCAUUUGGCUGAAGGCGGUCAUGUUUAAGUAACCCAAUAGAAAUUAAAGUCCAGUUAUAGAUUAGUAGAACAAUUUUGAGCACCAAAAUUCAGCUCAGUCUUUCAGUUACUGAGAAAUAGCUAAACAGCAAACUUUGCACACCUCAAAACACUGGCCUGAAGGUGCCUUUCAAUUUUAAUGUGGAUCUAUAGUAUCAGUUGUCACUGACAGCUGUUUUAGUAAUUCAAGUUCUACUCCACUUGUUGUUUGCAAUUUUUUUUUUAUAAUUUUUUAAUAUUAGACUCUGACACAAAUUUUGGGAACCUAGGACAAAAAAACAUCUUUGGACUAGUUUGCAAAAAUAGGCUUCACAUAUAAUACAAAUUGUCACAAAUUCGAGCGGGUGGAGCUAAAUUUUCCAAAAGUCAGUUUUGUAUGGAUUGCGCAAGACAAUCAAGCUGAAAAUGAAAUUUAACUGUACACCUUAUUUUCCAACAGAUAUGCUUGAUUUUGUAUUCAAAAACAUGAAUAGUGCCCACCAGUGGCCAAUUUGAGUGAGACCAUUCAAGUUUUGUGAUGAUUGCUCAUGGUUAACCCUGUUUUUUUUUUUUUUUUCCCCAAGAUGGCGCCGCACGUGUGGCAGCCAGUCACAGUAGCUCUGCUUUCCUUUCUGCUUUUUUUGGUUUCUUAUAAUGUUUCUUGGUGUGUUUUUUGUAUUUUUAUGCACUUUAUCAAACCCCUAUGCAAUUACACAACUAAGGGGUCCAAGCUGGCUACUUUUGCAGUAUGCCUUGUAUUCUUUUUUGGACUAUUUGGAAUUGCCUCGGGAGACCCCUUCAGUCACGGCUACAUUGUUUACACCCAGGAUCAGCUGUUAGCUCUAAGUUGCAUCGGACUUCUCUACGGGCAGAAACCGGAUAUUCCUUCAGAGAUACGGAGAAGGAGAAGAGGCUGCAGAGCAGGACUGAGAUGCAAGGAGAGGAAAUGGAGGUAUAAACCAUGUUUACCAUCUAUUAUCACGGGAAACGUCCACUCCCUCUCCAAUAAGAUGGAUGAGCUAAUGGCGCUAGCCCGGCUGCAGAGAGAAUACCGGGAGUGCAGUCUUAUGUUUUUUACUGAAACGUGGCUGAAUGAUCUCACAUCAGACACACUGGUAACUCUGGAUGGUUUUAAAAUUGUACGGGCGGACAGGAAAGUUGCGGAGAGUGGUAAGAAGAAAGGAGGGGGCCUGGCGGUGUUUUUAAACGAGAAGUGGUGCAACCCAGCGCACAUCAGUGUUAAGGAACAAUGCUGCACCAAGGACAUUGAGUUACUCGCUGUCAGCAUUCAGCCAUAUUACCUUCCGAGGGAGUUUUCACACGUCAUCGCAAUAAAUGUGUACGUACCUCCUUCAGCCAAUGCCACUGCUGCG